UCAACUCGAGCUUGAUAUUGAAUGUUUUUUUAUUCUCAAGACGCCCUCAAAUACCCCAAUACACUUAGAACCUUUAUGCACGACUUCUCGUUUUGGUUGUGCAAACAAAGACUGGGAAGCAAUCGAUUUGGAUGUCGCCACGUUUCCAGCAAAAUUAAGCAGCCGACAAGUUGGCUAUCCGAACCAUUUAUACCAGAUUUUAUACUGUUCGAGCUGCUUUCAACUCCUACAGCACCAUGUCUCAGGACUUGCCACGCGUCACCACGCGUGUGUUAAAAGUCGAUAAUGAGUACCUGGGGAAAUUCAAAGACGGCCAAGAUGUGGAGAGACUGGGAAUAUGGGAAGUUUCCACGAGCGAUUCGCCCAGCAUCCGGGUCUUGAAGGAGGCAGCAGAAUAUUUGAGGACUAAAGAUCUGCCCGUUGGAUUCCCCACGGAGACAGUAUAUGGACUCGGGGCAGACGCCACCAGAAGUGGGUCAGUGAAGAGCAUCUUCGCCGCGAAGGGCAGACCAUCCGACAACCCUCUCAUCAGUCAUUUCUGCGAUUUAGGGAUGCUCAGAGACCUUCUCUCGCCACCACGGACUGCCUGUGGAUUGAUGAACGGAGCCACAGACCCGAUACCAGAGAUCUACAAGGCGCUCAUCAAUCGGUUCUGGCCAGGCCCACUGACAAUACUCUUGCCAAACCCGGUAUCGUCGAGGCUGGCUCCUGAAGUCACAGCAGGACUGAGAUGCUUUGGCGCAAGAAUGCCCUCCUCGCCGUUAGCCUUGUCACUUAUCAAACUUGCUGGCGUGCCCCUGGCAGCACCAUCAGCAAAUGCAUCAACCAGGCCAUCAGCGACGACUGCAGGGGACGUGCUCGAAGACAUGGAUGGGAGGAUCGAGCUCAUUCUGGACGGUGGCUCUUGUCUCGUAGGAGUCGAGAGUACCGUAGUGGAUGGCUUGUGUGACCCCCCGGUGGUGUUGAGACCAGGAGGAGUCAGUAUGGAUGAAAUACGCACCUGUCGAGGCUGGGAACAUGUCGAAAAGGCGUACAAAGACCAGAGCGAAAUAGGCAAAUCAGCACCGAGAGCACCGGGGAUGAAGUACAAGCAUUACAGUCCACGAGCCAGGGUCGUGCUGUACGAGGCUACCUACAAAGCUGGGGAAAGCGGUAUUGCGCCUGAAGACGUCAAGACAAUAUAUAAUAUGUCUGGGCGGGAGAACGACUCAGCGCCAGGCUUCACCAGAAUCGGGGUCAUCAGAACACAGCACUGGAAACAUGGAGCUGGCUUGCGUUGCGGAAAGCUCGACUUGCAGAGACCUGCAGGCCGCGAGGUCGACACGGAAGUGGAAGCCGAUGUUCACGAAGAUGAGCUCUACGAUGCUUCCGGAGAAACGUCCAUAGGAAGAGUCCUUGACCUUAGUAUAGGUCAAGAUGUAAAGAGCAUUGCACAAGGAUUAUUCGCGGCGUUACGUGAACUCGAUAGAAGAAAGGCCGACGUCAUCUUCAUCGAGGGCAUACAAGAUAACGAAGAUAUUGCGGCGGCAGUCAUGAACAGACUGCGAAAGGCAGCGUCUGUGAUUAGGUCGUAGACUACUACUUUUAGAGCAGACCCGGAACGUAACCGCUCCACACAAUGAUAUCCCGUCUAAAUGCGGACUGACGAUGAUGACUUUUCCCAACGCCGUGCCCAACACGCUACAACUUCGUCCGAUCCAGCUUGUCAGCCGCCACCUCAAAGCCCCUGCCGCAGCCAGUCUGUCAACUUGGCCUUUCCCAACUGUGCUAGGUUGUUCACUCCUUGCUCGCUUAGGUCGAUGCGGCUGAGGUUGACGUCUUGCGUCGGGGCCUUGCUGACUCUCUGCACAAUGAUGGUGGGGUCUGUCUCGAGGAUGAUGCCGGCGUCUACGAUCUCGUCGAUAGCCAGGGACACUAAGUCGUAGUUCUCGAUCAUGGUUCGCUUGUCUACGGAUUGCCUGGUUUGCUCAAUUAAUAGUCCCAUUUACUGGUGGCGAGCGCACAUACUUGAAUAGCAGGUGCAGGGAAU